AUGGUGGUCUCUUUGUUAUUAUCCAACACAGAAAACACCUGGGAUCAAGUAGCCGUGGAGAUCGAUACUUUUCUAAAUGAAUUUGACCCGAAUUACAUCCAUAUAGGAGUCGAUACGAAUUCCAUUAUGUCUGAUGCAAAGGCCGACAUCAGUCGCUUCGAACGCGGCCUUAACCAACACCAAUCCCUACAGAUAAAGCUAGAAUACGAUGGUUGGCAAAGUAACCUCCAAAUCUUCGCUGCUCUCUUAGGUGAACCUUUAACAAGUAUCUUGAACCACACCCUGCAACUCCGGGACAUCCUCCCACAGUCAGCGUACAUAGGCUUCACAGCAUCAACGGGCCGGACCGACUUUGAAUCCCACCGCCUGCUUAGCUGGACCUUCACCUCUUUUCCCCUGCCAGUGAAAGCCAGCUCCCCUUCUUUACAUUCGAAGUCUAUCAGAAGAAUUGUGUGGUUAGCUUCUAUUGCAGCUUCAGUCGGCACUUUGGUAGUAGGUAUUGUUGCGCUGGUAGUGGCUAAGAUGGCUCGUGGCUCUGACUCUGUGCGACGGGAUGACAUGGAGACUCGCUCUCGUAGUGCCAUUAAUGCCCCUCGAAUGUUCACAUACAAACAGCUCGUAGUUGCCACAGACAACUUUAAUCACAAGAACUUGUUGGGGGUGGGUGGGUUCGGAAGUGUGUACAAGGGCCACGCCCCAGGUCCAAUUGCUGUGAAGAAAAUUUCAGCUGGAUCAAAGCAGGGGGAGCGUGAGUUCUUAGCAGAGAUAUGCACCAUUGGACGCCUGCGCCACAAGAACGUAGUACAGUUGAAUGGAUGGUGCCAUGAGAAGGGUCAGCUCCUCCUUGUUUAUGAAUUCAUGCCAAAUGGGAGCCUUGACAAGUUCAUUUCCAAAGGGCUGUUGCCAUGGGAUGUGCGCCACAGGAUCCUGUCUGGACUUGCUUCAGCAUUGCUGUAUCUUCAUGAGGAGUGUGGGACAGUUGUGGUUCAUCGAGAUUUGAAGCCAAACAAUGUGAUGCUAGAUGAGGAUUUCAAUGCACAUUUAGGGGACUUUGGGCUGGCUAGGCUGGUUCAAGAGGGCUCAAUAACAACUAUGGUGGCGGGGACCCCAGGGUACCUGGCACCAGAAUGUAGCUACACUGGCAGGGCCACAACUGAGUCGGAUGUGUUUGGGUUUGGGAUAGUGGUCCUUGAAGUCGUGUGCGGGAGGAGAUUAUCAGAGCUUAAUCUUGUGGAUUAUAUUUGGGGUUAUUAUGGUCAGGGUCAACUCUUGGAGGCUGCAGAUGUGGAGCCAAGAGAUGAAUUUGAUCAGCAACAGGUGAUGAGGGCACUAGUGGUAGGGUUAGCAUGUGCUCACCCUGAUCCUGCACAGAGGCCUCGAAUGCGUGGGGUGGUGCAAGUGUUCAUGAACUCUAAUGAACCACUCAUGGAGCUACCGACAAGCCGACCUGCAGCUAUCUAUAUCCCUGUGCGCCAGUCGACUUCAAAAUUAUCAAAUGGCUCGGGGAGUAAUUCGGCCUUGUCUGUGCCACCGCUGUCAUUUAAUGACAUCACGACAUUGGAUUGCGGGCGUUGA